AUGGCUCAUUUUUUGCGAGGCAAACAAGCAGGAAUCCAAAGGGACCUAUCUGAGGGCCUGGCCUCCGAUUUCUUUGACCUCGAUGAUUUCGCACGAUGCGGUAUCAAUUCGCAGAUCAGCGUAAUCGCCUACGACCCUGUCCAGUCCCUACUAGCCGUCGGUACUAGCGACACUCAGUUUGGCAGCGGCCAGAUUUAUGUCUUCGGGCAGCGACGAGUGUUGGUGGUAUUCCAAUUCCAGCGCAAGGCAUCGGCAAAGUUCCUUCAAUUCUGCGGUGAUAAACUCGUUAGUGUCGACUCGAGGAAUGAGCUCAGCAUCUUUUCUCUGGAAACAAAGUGCUUGGUAACCGCCUACGCACCUCCAGGGCAGGGCACUGCCCUCGCCACAGAUCCCAGUCUUGACUAUGCCUUCAUUGGGCUGUCGAAUGGUGAUGUGAUUGCAUAUGAUCUCGACAGAGAGUCGCUUACUCCCUUCAGGAUCCCAAAUCAAUGGUUGGCGCAGAACCCUCGCGCACGUCUUUGUCCCGUCGUAUCGCUUGAGUUCUCUACGCGAGAUAUUGGGAAAAUCCUCAUAGGAUACCCAGAAGGGGCAGUGACAUUCUCAUUCAAACAAAAUGUUGCGCAGAAGUAUUUUGUAUACGAAAUUCCUGCCAAUGCCCCAGGCGGCGAUCCUGCAAUGCCAACAAUCGCCCCCCGCAGGCCCAGACUUAUAGAUGCUCUCUGGCAUCCCAACGGAAUAUUUGUGUUGACUGUUCAUGAAGACACGAGCUUAGUGCUCUGGGAUUCAAAGGAUGGCCGCAAGCUUCAUGCGCGAACAAUCCAAUCUACAAACAUCGAUGAACCCGGCAGCGGUCGUGAUUCUGAUCAAGUCUCUUCGGGACCGAAAGAACCAAUCACGAAAAUUGCAUGGUGUGCGAAAGACAAUCCUGAUGAUACAGGCAUAUUGGUUGCUGGAGGUAUGCCCGCUAGCGACCCCAACAAGGGCUUCACUUUCAUUGAUAUGGGUCCGACGCCCAUCUACGCCACAUCCUCAUGGCAGGUUCUUCAGAGCUACUUCUCGAAACCCAGACGGCAAAUCAAUCUGCCGAUCCCCCCUGGGGCUUAUGCAAACACUUUUUGCCUGAUCCCUCGUAGUUCCCCAUAUUUCGGUGGUGCUCAUGACCCAAUUGCCAUCCUGGCCGUGCUGUCUUCGGGUGAGCUGCUCACAAUGAGCUUUCCAAGCGGCCAUGCGAUUUCUCCUACAAAUAUGCUGCACCCGUACCUUUCAUUCGUGCAUCCAUUCGUGAACAAGGUUACCCUUACCCCUGUGUCUCGUGACAUCUGGUUGGGUUUGAGAGAGAUCCGAGCCCAGGGACCAAAGAUAGUGAUUGGAGGCGCAGAGGCGAGGAAUCCUUUGAAGCGUUACGAAAGUCGAAAUAUCAUAACGACGGCGCAUGCUGACGGGACGAUCCGGCUCUGGGACGGUGGACACGAUGACGAGAUCGAGAAUGGCGACAUGAUUCAGGUAGACUUGGCUCGGGCAGUAGGGAGAGUUCGCAACAUUGAAGUCACUGAAAUGUCUCUUGCCAAUGGCACUGGGGAAAUUUCUGUCGGCUUGAAAAGUGGGGAACUGGUGGUAUUCAGAUGGGGUAAAAACAACUCUUAUGGACAUGAAGAGCUCCCUGGAUCCAACCAGGGGCCAGGAAGAUUGACUACUAUCACCCAGCGGACAGAUCCGGGUCUCAAGACAGGCUUGCUGCCGUUGACACUAUUGGAUAUGCAGCAAGGUCCUUUGACUGCCUUGAAACAUAGCCCUGUGGGAUUUGUUGCAGCUGGAUACGAGGCUGGAGGUUUAGUGAUUCUAGACUUACGCGGCCCGGCACUCAUCCACACAGCCCAUCUUUCUGAUUUCGUGAAAGCCUCGAAACGAGGAAGCCUCCGGAAGAGCUCGCGAGGCGCAGCGGAUGCCCCAGCUGAAUGGCCUACUGCCAUUGAGUUUGGAGUGAUGACAUUGGAUGGCGAGGACUACUCCAGCAUUUGCUGCUUUGUGGGAACAAACAGAGGAAAUGUGGCUACUUUUAAGAUUCUUCCAGCAUCAAACGGGACAUAUACUGUCACAUAUGUGGGAUUUUCGGCCAUUGAUGACAAGAUCAUAAAGCUGAUUCCUAUCGACGCCGACUCUGGUGGCCAUGCUUUUGCCACGCCAACCGCAGUGUCUGGCUUGAGAACUGGUGCUCAAAUAAAUGGAGUUGUGGUUGCUGUCACUGUCUCUGGGUGCCGAAUCUUCAAGCCUCCAACCGCUAAAGGUGCUCACAAGACAUGGGAUGAUUAUCUCUGUGAUUCGGCACAGGUCGUCAAGAGCGAGGGCCGCGGCUACAGUCUAGUCGGUCUUUUCGGAGAUGGUAAUGUUCGAGCAUUCUCUAUUCCUGGACUUCGAGAAAUCGGCUGUAAGCCCAUCAACCAGAUAGCCGAUAUGCGACGUCUCUCAGAAGCAUCCAUCACGCCUACUGGAAGCGUAAUGGCUUGGACUGGACCCUCCGAAAUAGCGCUUUUCAAUGUGUGGGGAAGAGGAGAGACCCCACCUCACUCGCAAGACCGACUUUACGAUCCCCAGAAAGUUGUACCGCCGCGUCCUACAAUAACUAAUCUCCAAUGGAUCUCCGGCACGCAAUAUGUUACUCCAGCAGAUAUGGAUUUACUGAUCGGCGGUCCAGAUCGGGCCCCAUCUAAGCGCAUGCUGGAACAGAUGAGACUUACAGAGGAAGAAGAGCGACGAGCCCAGCGAGAAGGCCGCCGAGCGCGAGUCCAGCCUCAGCAGGACAACAACGAGGGCUAUUGGGCCUCCAUGUCCCGCGCGGUCCAAGAGCGUACAGAGCGACUAGGAAUUGCGGGCGACUCGAUGGAUCGACUCGAGGAGAACAGCAGUAACUUUGCCAACGACGUGGGCAAGUAUAUCCAGACCCAAAAGAGAAAGGCUGUUUUCAGCGCCUUGGGUUCGAAAUUUGGCUUCUAG